CAACAGCCCCACGCACGUCACCCCGCCGUCAAUAUGGCUAGCAAUGCCAGAUAAGGAUACGCUCUUUAGCAUUUUUAGCGUGUUUUGUUUUUGUUCAGCCGCGAUACUUUAGAGCCGGCUUCACGGUGUGUCGCAGCGUUCGUUUGUAUCGACAACUAAUUUACUGCAUUAUGUAUUUUUUUCGACUGUAAAGGCCCGAGUAUGUAAACAAACGUAGUUCGACACGGCAUGAGCUCUUUGGUACGUGGAAAUGUCCUACUAACACUAGACUCGAUUCCAUCCUACAUUGCGACAUUAUCUACCUAGCUGUCUACUAAUUAUUGAACCGUAGGUCAAUGAUAUCUUUGUAUCCAGGUAUAUAUCCAUGUCAGACGGAUAACCUGAUUAUUUUCUACUCGUACUGUACUGGACAUCAAGUCAGAUUUUCACAGCAACAUCAACAUGUCUUUAGCCACUACCGCUGCUGCCAUUAAUUCAAGAUUUGUUGAGCUAUACAAGGCUGGUGAUAUGAAAACCUUAGCGACGGAGCUGUACCAUGAGGACUGUAAACUCCUGCUGAGCGGUGUUGAACCAUUAUUCGGUCGGAAAGGUGUGGAAGAAGGACUGAACGCACUGAAGAAAUCGGGUGUAGCGGAAAUAAAGAUCGCUUCAGAAGAAAUUGAUGGGUUCGAGACUGACACAGCUUACGAUCGUGGAAAUUGCAUUUUUUUUAACGAUGAUGGUAUCCAGUUGGAAGUUGGCAAAUAUCUAGCGAUCUAUAAGAAAGUGCAUGGGAAAUAUCUUAUGUGUAUCGAUAUCGCCAACAGCAACAUUUGAGUGUUAAUUGGAAAUCAAGUCAAAGAGAGUGGCGUCUACUGAAUUCACAGUAAAAUAAACCUCCUUUAAUUAAA